UUCAGGAUACCCAGUCCGACCCACUGGAUGUGGGACUGAGGGGUUUAAUAAUUCACAACGCAGUCAGAAUUUGAUCAGCAGGAAGUGGAUGGGAAGGUGCUGGGCUUUGGAGUCACAAAAACUCAUCUGAGUGUUCGAGUCCUUGCGUGUCCACAAGUCGCUCCUGUUUCCUGGCCUCUUUAGAGCUGGGAUAUUAAUAACUGCUGUACAGUACAAGGGUGAGGGUUAAAGGAAAGCGCCAGCACGAUGCCCGACACACAGUAGGGGCUGCGCGGUCCACAGUACCCGACCCACCCACGCCAGGCAUAGAAAGACCAACCGGCCGAGGAGCUCAGGAACCAAGGAAAGACACUGGGAUUCUGUGCUCCCGCGGGUGGGGCGCGUGAGGCGAGCCGCCGUCCCGGGUCGCGGUCUCGCGCGACCCCUGGGCAGUGUCUAAGCGGCGCGCACGCGCAGACCGCGCCCAGGCCUCGGAGCGCGGCCUACGUGGCGACCUGGGUGCGCAGUUGCGCGUGAGCUGAAGGCCUGGUCUGCCCGCGACAGGAGUUGAGGCGCAGACGCAAGGGCGAUCAGGUCAGCAAGCCAGGCUUCCUGCGAGGUUACUGUUUGGAAGCAAUGAGUUUAAAACCUUUCACCUACCCAUUUCCAGAGACGAGAUUUCUUCAUGCAGGACCCAACGUGUAUAAAUUCAAAAUUCGAUAUGGCAACAGCAUCAGAGGGGAAGAGGCAGAAAACAAGGAAGUCAUCGUCCAGGAGCUGGAGGAUUCUAUUCGUGCAGUCUUAGGAAACCUGGAUAAUUUACAGCCAUUUGCUACAGAACACUUUAUUGUAUUUCCCUAUAAAAGCAAAUGGGAAAGAGUGUCCCAUCUGAAGUUCAAACAUGGGGAAACUGUCUUGGUCCCUUAUCCAUUUGUUUUCACUCUGUACGUGGAGAUGAAAUGGUUUCAUGAAAAUCUGUCACCAGGAAAAUCAGUGAACAGCAGUCCUCUUGGGUUGGUCCUAGAAGAGAGGAAAGCAGCAGAAGCUGUGCUGAAGAAACGAAAACUCAGAGAAGUGCCCAGCUCCCUAGCCAGGCCAGAGCUGGACAGGGCCAAGAUGGGGACUUCCAGUCAAGGGCUCAGCAAAAAGAAGCCCCCUAUGGAAACCAGGAGGAACAGAGAAAGAAAAACCCAGCGAGAAUGCCAGAAGACCCCAGCAUUUGAUGUCACUGAUGUCCAGGACCAGGAUCCCAAGUGGGAGGACGGCCCAGUGGGGACGACUAUCCCACCACCGCAGCAGAGCAGUCCACCUCCAGCUGAGGGGCCCGCAGAGCUGGGAACCAGUGGCUUCUUUGGGUUUCUGACCUCUCUCUUCCCGUUUAGGUAUUUCUUCAGAAAGAGCAGCCAGUGAGCCUCCUAAAUGCAGCAGUGGGAAGAGCAUUGGCUCCGGAUGUGACCCUUCCCACUCUACUCUCUGCUAUGACGUUCCAGUCAGGGAGAAUGAAAGCCCCAGACUCCCUGAGUCCUCUUGUGGGUUUGUCCUGUCAUUUGCCUCUUUACAAAGGAAUGUCCUCCCCCAAUUUAAAUCACUAAGAGUGUAAGUUUCUAAAAUGCUCUAGUCUGAGAAUUUUACAGCCCAAUGGGCCAGUUGGGUCUUUCAUCUCUAGCACUUUGAUUUCUAAUGACAAUAAAUUAUUUAUGAA